AUAAAUAUUAUAAAACAAAAUGGAUUUUGACACAGUGUGCAGAAUUUGUUUAAAUAAAGAUAAUCUGUGUUGUAUUUUUGAUAGUGAUUGUAAUGAUGUGUCUGUUCCUGAAAAACUCAAUGAGUGCGGAUGCUUAAGGGUCUACCAAGGCGAUGGCUUGCCUUCUCAGAUAUGUUCCAUUUGUCUGGAUCAUUUGAAUAUAGCCUAUGAAUUUAAACAAAAAUGCAAAUACUCAGAAGAGUCUUUAAAAAUAUAUCUAAAACAAAACAUUGACGAACAGAACCUCUCUAUACAAUCUAAUGACAAUAAAUUAAAUAUAGUGGAAAACCUACAGAGUAUCAAAGAAGAAAUAGUUGUCACCCCAGACACAACACAUUUAUUGAAUAAUUCUAUAGAUGAAUCCUCCCCAGACGUACUUAAUAAUUCUAUAGACGAACCCAGGAAGAAACCUGGCAGGACGAGGAAAAAACAACCGACUUUAUGUGACACCUGUGGUAAAUCUUUUAGAUACUCCAGUGAACUUACUCGGCACAAAAGAACUCACUCAGGCUUAAAACCACACGCUUGUUCCAUUUGUGAAUUCAGAUUUACAGAAGCCUCACAACUCAAAAGGCAUCUACUUCGCCACACUGGUAUCAAGCAGCAUAAAUGUCCGAUUUGUAACAAAGCCUUUGCAGAGACGACCAAUGUGAGGAAGCAUAUUCGAGCUGUUCACAAUGUGGAGAAGAAUUUAGAGUGUUCGGAGUGCAAGAAAAUGUUUUAUAUGUCUUCGCAGUUGAAAGUUCAUAUGAGGACUCAUACUGGGGAAAAGCCUUAUUGUUGUACUAUGUGUCCUCAGAAGUUUUCGCAUAAGAAUAGUUAUACAAGGCAUUUGAGGGUGCACUCAGGAGAACGCCCGUACUGUUGUAGUGAUUGUGGAUCCAGUUUUAGUGAUUCUGCAAAUUUCCGUGCACAUAUUCGUCUUCACACCGGAGAAACUCCUUAUAAGUGCCCCAUUUGUAAUAAGGGCUACGCACAGAAUAGUAACCUCAAGAGCCAUAUGAAACAACACAAGAAAUAGAUGCGUA